AUGCUGAAUCUGACUGAACAACCGGCCAAUGCAACAUCCCACAAAAGCUUGUCUGUGGUCAUCAAGGUGUGUUUGGUCAUUCCCUUCUUCUGUGUCUUCCUGUGCUGCAUUGCCGUCAUGCUCCACAUCUUUGCGUCUCACAGGCAGUUCCUGGACACGUCCCGUUACAUCCUGUUCGCCUACAUGCUGGUCAACGACGCCCUCCAGCUCUUGACCUCUGUGCUGCUCUUCCUCCUUGUCAUGGGCCAGGUGAAAUUUGCCAUUGCAUACUGUGUGCCUCUAAUGUUCAUAUCCACGGCCACUUUCCAGAACACGCCCUUAAUCCUGGCCACUAUGUCACUGGAGCGCUAUGUUGCAAUUGUCUAUCCCCUGCAAUGCCCGGCCAGCUGGCGCCCCGACCGCAUCUGGAUCAUUAUUCUGUCUCUCUGGUGCUUCAGCUGUGUCUUCCCCAUCAUUGACUACUCCAUCGGGAAACCUGACAUGGCUGUGGAUGCCCUCGUUUCCCCUCAGCUUUGCAAAACUGAAGUUAUCAACUCGUCUCCAAACCAGUCCUUGCUCAGAGCUGCUGUAUAUGUGCUUUGUUUCACAGUGGUCGCCGUCCUCAUCCUCUUUACAUACGUGAGAAUCCUGCUCGAAACCAGGAAGCUGAGACAGGACAGAGUGUCUGUGUGCAGAGCCAUGCACACUGUGCUGCUGCACGGUGUUCAGCUCUUGCUGUGCAUGUUGGCCUAUACUCUCCCCAUCACUGAAACUCUAGUGCUGCAUGCCGACUGGCAACAGGAAGACAUUGCCUUUUUUAAUUACUUCUGUUUUGUCCUGAUCCCGCGCUUUCUCAGCCCGCUCAUCUACGGCUUCAGAGAUCAGAAACUCAGGGGCUACAUCGGGAAAGGACUCCUCCGCUGCUCAAAGAAAGUUGAACCUUGGUCUUAG